CCGUGUUACGGAGUAUCUCUGCAGCUGUUACGAAAUGUUAGCCGUGGCCGUGGUGGUGUUGACUGCUGUGGGGUCUCUCUUCUUGCUGGCUGGCCCCACGGUGGCCGCCACAAACGGUUCUCCGAGGGGAACUCCAUACCGGAUCGAUUUAGCGCAAUACAAUCAAGAUCUUCUGCCAAGGAUUCGGCCAUACAUCGACGCAUCAGAGCAUCCGGCGGAGAUUGUUCCGUUCUUCGAGCUUCUGCCCGAUUACCGCGAGCGGUUGAGUGGCAACUUUCUCAUCGAUGGAUUCGCCCGGGCACGCAACUCGGCUCGCUGUCUACUGUGCAUGUCCAGCUCGUAUCUGUUCCUGAGUUUGUACAACGAAACGGUGGCCGCAACAGGGCGCACCGAGCGAGUGCGGACGAUCGCUGGCCGUUUGUGUCGACUCCUCGGCUUCAAGGCUUAUUUGUGCGACGGAGUGAUCGGUCUAAAUGGGGACGUAAUUGAGUACGUGCUCGAGAACCGACGGCCGUUCCCCGAGCCGGAAGACAUUUGCCAGGUGUAUUUGCAGGAGUUGGAUUGUGUGCGUGAUGGACGGAGCAUCACCGCACCGGAUGCUUACCGCAGUGUCGCGAUCUCAAAUCAAGUCCCUCUGCAGGACACGUCGCCUGUGUGGCGGCGUGAUCACAAACGAGGUGCCGCUAAUGGACAGUGUUCAAGAAAGGAUAACACGCAGGGUGCGACACAUCCACUAACGAUCGUCCACUUGACCGACAUCCACUACGAUCCGGAGUACGUGGUGGGAGUGAAUGCGGACUGCCGGGCCGAAGCAUGCUGUCGUGUGCUGCCGGAUCUUCCGUCGGCUAACGACAGUACGGCAGCCGGUUAUUGGGGAGACUAUCGGGACUGCGACACUCCCUGGCACGGGGUGGUGGACGCGAUGGAACACAUCCGAGCCCAGCACGCACACAUCGAUGCGAUCUACUUCACCGGGGACAUCGUGCACCAUUUCACGUGGAACACUACGGUCGAGACGAACGAGGACGACAUGCGGCAAGUGUUCGACCUGAUGAAGCGCACGUUCCCCGGUGUACCGAUCUACCCGAUCCUCGGUAACCACGAAUCGCAUCCCGCCAAUCUGUACGCACCUCACACGGUCACCGCAGCCCUGCGGACGGACUACCUGUACAACUUCAUCAUCCGUCAGUGGGCCGACUGGCUACCAAUGGACAAAGUGCGCGCAACCCUCGCCGAAGGAGGUUACUACACCGUUCGAACCCCGUACGGUGUGCGGUUGAUCGGUCUGAACAACAAUCCGUGCUUUGUGCACAACUUUUGGUUGUUUUACUCACUCGACUACUUCCUGCCGCAACUGCAGUGGCUACACGAUACGCUGCUGGAAGCCGAACGGGCCAACGAGCGGGUUCACAUUCUCGCACACGUGCCCUCGUACGACGAUUCGUGUUUCAUCGGGUGGACACGUGAGUAUCGAAAGAUUGUGGAACGCUUUGCACACAUCAUCGCGGCACAGUUCAAUGGCCACUCGCACGUGGAUGAGUUCAAUCUCUACUAUGCACGCAACGAUCCGUCGCGGCCGAUCAGUGUUGCGUGGAAUGGAGGAUCGACUACGACGUUUACGAAGCUAAAUCCGAACUACAAAGUGUUCCAGUUUGACCCGCUCAGUUUCGAUCCGAUUGAGCAAGAAACCUGGGUCUACAAUCUAACCGCAGCAAACUUAACGCCCGAUCGCCGACCGACCUGGUUCCGGGCGUACUCUUUCAAAGACUACUAUCAACUGAGCGACCUCAGCCUGGAGUCCCUCGGUGGUCUCGUGCGUCGCUUUGCGCAAUCCGAGGAACAGCUCGCGGGCUAUUGGCGGGCGAAGCAGAAACAUUCCGAUCCUCUGCUCGAGGAAGGUUGCACCGGUUCCUGCUUGCGCGAUGCACUCUGUGCCAUCGUUCGCACCGAGCACGAAGAUGACGGUGCUUGUCAGCGACUGUACGAGCCAGCGACGGAGCAAAGGAACUAACGCUACGCUACUCACCGCAACCGCUUUCUCCAGCUUCUCUUUGGCCUCGCGCGGAGAGAUGGCUUUACUGGAAAGCCCCAGCAACGCUUCCAUCCUCGUGCAGGCCCGCUGCUUCUCGUUCAGUAGCUCGCGCAGUUUGUUCAGCUCGCCCAGUAGUUCCAUGUUUUCCUUCAUCAACUUCAACGAUUCGCCCGUAUCCUUCCGUUGGCCACUCUUCUGCUUCGCGCUCUUCGUCAACCGCUCCAGGUACUCGCGCUGUCUCAGGAACUCGUUCUGUACGUCCUCAUCUAGGGCCAGCGAUUUCUGAAGCUCUUUGUCCUCCGAGUAGCGGUGGCACAGCUCCUUUACGCUGCGCUUCAGCUCUUCCGGGCGCUGGAUCAGGCCGGAAACGUUGUAGAUCUCACCGCACACCCGUUGGUACUGUGCCUUGGCGUUGCGGAACCGGCCUCGCUCUUUGCGCAGCUCGAGAUCGAUACCGUAGUAUUUAUCGCGCAGUUCCUGUAGCUGCAGCUCGUACUGCUUGUUGGUUUGCUGUAGCUCUUCGAGCUUCUUUUCCAUCUCGAGGAUGAAUUCCUUCUUCUCCUUGAUUUCGCGGUCCUUUGGUUCGAUCUGUGCCUUCAGCUCGUUGAUUUUCAGCGACAGAACCUGCUUGUACUUUUCCAGUUCGCCAUUUUUCUUGCCCAACUCGUACACUUUCCGAUCCUUGUCGCGUAUCGUCGCAUCGCGGUCGGCCACCUCCUUGAGCAGCCCUUCGAUCUCGCGCUGGUGCUGCCGGAUGCUUGCCUGAAACUUGCCGUGCUGGGCUUGCAUUGUUUCGAUCUCCUUCCGGUACGUUUCCGAUUCGCGGCUCAGAGUGGAGAACUUUUUCUUCAACACACCCGCCUCACCGCGCCACUUGAUCGAGUUCUCUUCCUCCUCCUGGAGCUUCUUUUCGUACUGCAGCUGCAGCUCCACCUUGUGCCGAUCGUUGUCCACGUCCACCUGUCGACAGUACUCGUCGAAUUCGGCUCUCUUGCGGUCCAUGUCUUUCAGGAGAUUCUCAAUGAUCUCCUGCUUGUCGUUCAGUAGUCGCUUCUGGUCGGCUUCCAUCGAUUCUGCGAAGAAUUGGGGACAGUUUUAGAGAUCGGCGGCGCAGGCUCACAGGCACCUGCUUACCGAUCGUGUCCUGCAGACAGCCAGCCGAGCGGCGCAGCUUCACUUCGUAGUCCUCGCGCAUCGCGUCCAUCUUGCUCUUCAACGCCGUCAGCUUGUCGUACUCCAGGAUGAUCUUUUCGUGGAACUGAGCCUCAAAGUCCAUCAUCUCCUUCUGGUGUUCUUCCUUCGCCUGCGAGAUGCUGGCCGUGAUCAGAUGAAACUCCUCCGUGUGUGCCUGCUCCAUUUCUAUGUUCUUUCUCUAAACUCGAAACAGACGCGCAAUAAAUCAACGAAAAUGAACGUUU